GAAGUAGCACCAGGGAAACUGCAGUUGCUUUUCAAAUUGAUCUUGUAGAAAUUAUUCUGCCAGGUAAAUGGUACUCGCCUUUGCAAUGGAGUCUAACGAAGAAGAGAGCUGGAUGGAGGAUCAGUGGGAAAAAUGGCUGACCCAUGAUAUCAGUCUGGAGGAGUUUGAAGAUGAGGAUCUCUCUGAGAUAACAGAGAUCACAGAUGAAUGUGGAAUGAGCCUGAAUUGCAAUGGCAGCCUGGACAUUAUGAGCCAUGUGAACCAGGAGACCAAUAGCGUGGCAGGGAAAGCAAGUGGGAGUGAGGCCAGCAAGCUGCAGGCAGAGAUGCUUCAGUUGGAUUUGAUUGAUGCCGUGGGUGAUAUAGAGGACGAGGAAGCUGAACUGCCCAUCAAGGAGCCUCUGGUGAAGGAACCUGCUCCAGUUACCAUGGAUACCUACAGGCCCAAGAGACCAACCACCCUUAACCUCUUCCCACAGGUGCCUCGGACUCAGGACACGCUAAACAACAACUCGUUUGGUAAGAAGUACAGCUGGCAGGAAAAGGUCUCUCGUUCAUCUUCCCCCUUAAAAACAGGAGAGCUGACACCGACCCAUGAACACAUCUGCCUAAGUGACGAGGAUAAAGUCCAACACAGCACAACCCAGACCAAAGACAGAGGCACCUCUACAGACACCCCGUGCCGCCGCACCUCCUCCACCCAAAGCAGCGGGGGAACGCGGUCCAAACUGCACGACAAACCCACAGCCACAGGGGGACUGCAACUGCAACAGCACAGCAAGGGCCAGCCUGAGGGCCACAGGGACCGCAUCCGCUACCACACCGAUGUGCGGCUCGAAGCCACAGAGGAAAUCUACUUGACCCCGGUGCAGAAAAACUCAGACUCUUUAGAGCAUGACAAGCCUUUCCUGUCCCAGUCCAGUGAAAACCGAAUGUCCAUAAGCUCUGAUAUAGACACGACUCAUUACCAGUCCCUGCCCAACCGGACAAACCCUUCCAUUAGUGAGGAGGAUGAGGUUUACACCACAACCUCAGCCUUAGACAAGAUGAGUGCAGCUCGAAACACGGACCACGGGGGCAGUGCUUUUCAAACAGCCUCCGGCAUCCCGCGGACUUCUGUUAGCUCUGAGGCUAGCGGCCUCUCGUACGAUUCCGUCAAAUACACCUUGGUGGUGGAUGAGAACGUGCAGCUUGAGCUGGUCAGUUUGAAGCAGUGCUAUUCCGGAUACAGCGAGGACAGCGACUCAGCCACUGUCUAUGACAACUGUGUCUCCUCGCCCUACGAGUCAGCCAUUGGCGAAGACUAUGAGGAGGACGCGAUGAAGCGAGACUCUGUGUGCAUCUCUGAGGACUCCACCCCAGAAACGGACAUCCCCUUCUCACGGAAGUUCCUCAACGUGUUCAUGCAUGGCAGGUCCAGCUCCUCAAGUGCUGAAUCAUUUGGAUUGUUCUCCUGUGUAAUUAAUGGAAAGGAGAGGGAGCAGACUCAUCGGGCAGUGUUCAGGUUUGUCCCACGGCAUGAUGAUGAGUUGGAGCUGGAAGUGGACGACCCUCUCCUGGUGGAGGUGCAGGCUGAUGAUUAUUGGUAUGAGGCCUACAACAUGAGGACAGGGCUGAGGGGUGUCUUCCCUGCCUAUUACGCCAUCGAGGGCACUAAGGAGCCAGAGCGCUUUAAAGAAACAGAGAAGAGUAGCGAAUGGGUGGACAAAUUCCGGGUAAAAUUCCUUGGUUCAGUGCAAGUUCCGUAUCACAAAGGGAAUGACGUGCUCUGCGCGGCUAUGCAAAAGAUUGCUACCAACAGGAGGGCGACUGUGCGAUUGAACCCCACUUCCAGCUGUAUUUUAGAGAUUAAUAUGAAGGGAAUUAAAAUAUUGGUGCAACCAGAUGAUUACAGUGAAUAUGAAAAGAAGUUUGCUUGUUCUGGGAGAAAGCUAGGAAGAAUGUUUGCCUUAGAAUCUGGGGGUAACCAGUGUAGUCACUUCUUUCAGCUGAAGAAUAUCUCCUUCUGUGGAUAUCAUCCGAAGAACCACAAAUACUUUGGAUUUAUAACCAAACAUCCAGCCGAUCACAGAUUUGCCUGUCAUGUUUUUGUCUCUGAAGACUCAACUAAACCGAUAGCAAAGUCAGUAGGGAGAGCAUUCCAGCAGUUCUACAAGGAAUAUGUGGAGUACACAUGCCCAACAGAAGACAUUUACUUGGAAUAGACAGUCCUGCCUGGAAACUUUUACAAUAUUUAUGUAUCAUAACAUGUUGCAUGACGGAGAAAAAAAAAAAUUAUAUUUAACACAUACAAAAAUAAAGACAUCUGUUUUUUCUUGAAGAAAUGUUCUUAAUAAAAAUAAAAAUAAAAAUGCAGUAAUUAGUAAAUGAUUAUUCCCAUAUCAGAUAUGUAACUGUUCCUUUUAAAGAGUACAGAAUGCUUUAGAUGCCAAAGCAGAACAUUUGAUACAAAUCAGACUGACCUACUGUAAUUCUUUCCAUAGAUUUAUAAUAAUAGAAAAUACAUUUAAAGGCAGUACAGACUUCUAUUUUUUAGUUUACCUUAAUAAAUGGGCUAUCACCCGUUUUUCUGGAUGCAUUAAGGUUGCAAACAGUUUUGUUUGUGAAAUUUAAAAUAUUCACUGGAUAGAUUUUAGGAAAAUUUUCAAAAAAAUGACAGAUGUCUGCCCAUGAUGUAACAGCCUGUUUUUAUUGAACGUUUUGGUGAAAGAAAAUAACAUUGUAAUUGUGUCACCCGGAGCAUGGUACAGAGUGAAGGGACCAGAAAGAGCGUCAGAUUGCACUUCAGUUUCAAAAUAAAUACAAAGAGAAUUGAAAGAAAGAAAGUCUGUUCACUUAUUUUCCUUUUGAACGAUAUAGGUCUGGAUUGACACAAACUAUUUUAUGACCCUCUUUAUUUCAGUUGGUGGCAUUUAAUUAAAUUUCGGGAGGGGGGAGGGGGAGAUUAUAUAUUUGAAUUCAAUCAAGGGCUUAACAGUUUUGCAUAUUCAGGGCCUGUCUUUCUGUUUCAGAAGUUAGAUUGAAUAACUCCUUGGGAAAAGGUAAAUAGCACAGGCUAUAAGUGAAUCCAUCCCUUAGUCAUGUUAACGUAGGAAGGGGAAGUCCCUUCUAUGUCCACCCUGCUCAGCUGUUUAAUCAACUGACUGCGCUCUUCAUAUACAUUUCAAGGAUUACAAGUAAAGGCUAUAAUUGGCAUUUGUUUAUAGUAUCAUGCAAGUGGUUUCUGUAGACAUUCAAACAAGCCUGAGUAGAUCAGUUAACAGGAGUAGGGAUUGUUUGAAACGUACCUUAAAACUCUGGAUCUGUACCACGUUCUGUACCAUAGUCAGGUAUUAAAUAAAAAUCCCUGUUUCGGCCCUGCCAUCGCUUUAACAUGUGAAAUAAGCACAAGGUGAUUUCAACGCAGUGACCCCUGUCAAUGCUCCUUGCAUUUGAUGAAACAGGUUGAGGUUCUGCAGAUGUUUAAAUCCUUUCUGUCUGCUGUGCUUCCGGUGUAUCCCUGCAGCUCCUCAGUAAAUCUGUUCUACGAUUACUACAUGGGUCAACAGUGAGCCACAAAGCAUGUGUGUGCCAAUAGAAGCUUUUCAGAUGUAAUUUUAUCAACUCAACUAGACUUUCAAACCAAUCAUAGAAAUGAUCUGUACCCAUUGUUAGCAGUAUGUUUUACUCUUUUAUAACACAGCCUUGAUUAAAGUGGAGUUAAAUGUGAUUUUUCGGGAGGAUUAUAAAGAUGACCUUGUACAAAAAUGAAAGAGUGUAAAGUAUUUUUUUUUAAUGCAUUAUGUUUACUUUUAAAACUACAGAACGAGUGAAGAUACCAGAUACAAAUAG